AUAAGAGUAAGAAACACAUAGCAUCAUCACCAGCACCAAUUCACCAUGACGACCUACCUGCUUCUGUCACCGCUCCUCCUCGUCCUCCUCCUCGAGGCAGCAGCAAUCAUGGUAGUGGCCAGCCAGCAAAAACAUGGUGUUACGCCGGCACCGAUCACGCUCCCGGGGUGCCCCGACAAGUGCGGCCAAGUGAGCAUCCCUUACCCCUUCGGCAUCAAGGAUGACUGCUACCUCCCAGGCUUCCGAAUCACCUGUGAUGACACCUUCCAUCCCCCCCGCGCCUUCUUUCCCGCUGAUGCUACUUUCGGCUGGGGGCAAACCAAGACCGAAGUAAUCUACUACUCCACCAACAUCAUCCGCGAGCCAGAUAAGUUUAUCAACUCAUCCUGGUCGCCUGUUGAGCUCUCGGGCGUGUCCGUGGUGGAGGGGAAGCUACUGGUGCACGCCCCGUUCAGCUACGACUGCAGAUUCAACUCGACGUGGAACACGGCGAGAACGAUAACUAUACAAUUCCCGUACCAGAGUCCGUUCCUGCUGUCACAGGGAAGCACCGUGCUGAUGGGCAUCGGGAGAUCUGCCAAGGCCCAGCAGAACCUUGGUCCCAGUUGUGAGGCGUACGCGGGAGUCUCCCUGCCCAAGGGCAUCAACACGACGGCGUGCUCAGGCUGGGGCUGCUGCCAGGUCGCCAUACAGCCCGAGCCGUUGAGACCCGGCGUGUUCGACGUCAGCGUGUAUCUUGACAGGGAGUACUACAAAAACAAAGAUUGCUCCUACGCCAUGCUUGCGGACAAGUCCUGGUACAACUUCACGACGACGGACCUCGACGGCGACGUUUUCUUGCGGAGGAACGACGCCCGAGGGGUGCCCGUCGUGCUAGACUUUGUCGCCGGUUUCGAUCAAUGUCCGCGACCUCAUCAACCAGCGCCCAAGGGAUACGCGUGCACCAGCGACAACAGCAUGUGCGUCCAAGUCCCCUUCUUUUACACUGAUGCCUACAUCUGCAGGUGCUUGGACGGGUACCAAGGCAAUCCUUAUAUACCAACUGCUGGUUGCCAAGACAUUAACGAGUGUGAGCGGCCAGAUCUGUACCCUUGCCAUGGGAUAUGCCAGAACAUGGAAGGAGGAUACAAGUGCACCUGCCCUGCCGGAACCAGGGGCAAUGCCAUACAAGGGCGUUGCACCGAUAUAUUUCCUCUACCAGCAAAGCUGUCACUAGGUGCAACCGGCGGUCUUUUUCUCAUAGCACUUUUGGGGUUUGUCGUCCUUCUCCGUAGAGAGAAAAGGAAGAUGAGACAAUUUUUUGAGAGAAAUGGCGGCCCUGCACUAGAAAAGGCAAAAAUUAUAAAGAUCUACACAAGAGACGAGCUCAAGCAGAUUAUAAAAACUACAAAUUUUAUAGGCAAGGGUUGCUAUGGUGAAGUUUACAAGGGCUAUCUUGAUAAUCAACUAGUUGCGGUAAAGAAGCCCAUUAAGGACAAUAUCGCACCAAACGAGCAAUUUGCAAACGAAGUCAUUAUUCAAUCUCAAGUCAUCCACAAGAACAUUGUUAGGCUCGUAGGUUGUUGCCUGGAAGUUGAUAUGCCGAUGCUAGUUUACGAGUUCCUCUCAAGAGGCAGCCUCGAUGACACUCUUCACAACAACAACAACAACAACAACAACAACAACAACAACAACAACAACAACAACAACAACAACAACAACAACAACAACAACGACGAUGACAAGAAGAAGGUGACUCUUGACAUAGAUAAACGUCUAAAUAUUGCUGCAGAAUCAGCCGAUGGUCUUGCUUACAUGCAUUCAAAAACUAGCAAGACAAUUCUACAUGGUGAUGUGAAACCAGCAAAUAUACUCUUGAAUGAUGAUUAUGUACCAAAGAUAUCUGACUUUGGUAUAUCAAGGUUGAUUGCAAAAGAUAAAGAGCACACCUUAACAGUCAUUGGCGACAGGACUUACAUGGAUCCAGCAUAUCUACAAACUGGCCUACUGACAGAAAAAAGUGAUGUCUACAGCUUUGGAGUUGUACUAUUGGAACUUGUAAGUGGGAGAAAGGCUACGUAUUUGGAUAACAAUAGCUUACUAAGAAACUUCCUUGAUGCUCAGAAAAAAGAGAUGAUACCAACCGAGUUGUUCGACAAAGAAUUUGAAGAACCAAGAGAUUUGGAGCUUCUUAGUAGCAUUACAAGGGUUGCCAUUUGAUGUCUUGGUCUUGAUGUGGAUGAAAGACCAUCAAUGACAGAUGUAGUAGAGCGCCUUCUCGCAUUGAAGAGAUCUCGUGUGUAGUUAUAGAUAUAAAUGUAUGCGUGCUUUUAGAUUGUAGUAUGAAGAACAUGUAUGCUUUGCUCAACAAGAUAGGCAUGAGUUUUGUGAACUGUUUCCAUCAAAGCAGGGGAGGUGUGCCUUUGCUCUAAGAAAAUUAUGAAUGCAUUUGUAAGAUCUGGGAGUAAAAGCGUUUUUAUGGCAAGGAAUCUCAAUCGAUUAAUAAAA